AUGCUCUUGCUAGACUAUCAGAAUGUCCUGCUGCAGUCGGUUCUGACCGAGAGGUUCUCGGGUGCUCCUCCCGCAUCCAUUGACCAGACCGUCUCCGACUUUGACGGCGUCACCUUCCACAUCUCGACCCCGGAGACCAAGACCAAGAUCCUGGUCUCGAUAAACAUCCGCUGCUACAGGGAAUUGGUCACCUACGGCGCUGAGCAGGUGCUGCAGCGCGAAUAUGGCCAAUACGUCGUGCCCCCGGAGCCUGGCUAUGACUUCUCCAUCCUGGUAGACCUGGAGAACCUGCCUGCGGAAAAGGAGGACCGUGACGAACUGGUCAAGAAGAUCUCCCUCCUCAAGCGGAAUGCCAUGGCGGCCCCCUUCGAGCAGGCCUACGCCGAAUACUACAAGCUCAAGGAGGAGGCGUCCAAGUACACGUCCGAGGAAGCGCCACAGGGCGUGCGGGAAGGAGGCGAGGUCAUGGCCAUCCACUACCGUGAGGAGGAAGCCAUCUACGUCAAGGCCAGCCACGAUCGCGUGACCGUCAUCUUCAGCACCAUCUUCCGCGAGGAGACCGAUCGCGUCUUCGGCAAGGUCUUUAUCCAGGAGUUUGUAGAUGCGCGAAGAAGAGCGAUCCAGAAUGCGCCUCAGGUCCUCUUCAGGAACGACCCGCCUCUCGAGUUGCAGGGCGUCCCGGGGGUCAAGGCGAGCAGCGACGGCGAGAUCGGCUACGUCACAUUUGUUCUGUUCCCUCGGCACCUGACACCGCAGCGCAUGCCCGACGUCAUUUCACACAUCCAGACCUUCCGCGACUACUUCCACUAUCAUAUCAAGGCAUCCAAGGUACGCCGCAUCUCACCCACAACCCCUAGCGUCCCCGUCGAUCUGCUUGUCUAA